AUCAGCUCUUUUUUCUCUCACUACUUCUUUCUUUGAUUCACACACGCUUACUGUGUGUAUUCAAAAUAUACAUACAUAUACAUACAUAUAUACAUACAAAUUUGUUACAACAAACUUCACUUCAUUUUACUAAAGUCACAAAUCAAAUGUGAUGGGAAGUGGAUUCUCCUGCUUCAAUCCAUCGACGGCGUUAAGCAAACGGCGGAGCACCACCUCACCGGACCUCAACUUCACCGGCACCGGCGAGCAACCGCCGCCGCUAGAUGAAACCCUAGGUCACUCUUUUUGUUACGUCAGGUCAUCUGCGAGAUUUAUAUCACCUACUCACUCCGAUCGGUUUUUGUCUCCGUCUCAAUCGCUUCGAUUUUCUCAAAAUCAAAACGGUGUCGUUUUGGAAACUGGAUUUAAAGCGAUUUCAGGCGCUUAUGUAAGUGCUAAUUCGUUUACCCCUAGAACUGUUGAUAUUUACGAUUCUGCCACUGAUACUGAUAAUCAUAAUAACAAUAAUAUUAAUAAUAUUACUUAUAGUAGUAGUAGUAGUGUUAAGGCUGGUAGUAAUAGUGUUAGUGUAAUUAAUGGAUUUGAAAGUACGUCGUCGUUUAGUGCUUUACCGUUGCAGCCUUUACCUAGAGGAGAUUCUGAUUCAGGCAGGGGAGGGUUUUUUAUGUCCGGACCGAUUGAGCGUGGGGCGUUGUCUGGUCCGUUGGAUUCGGAUUUAGGUCAUGGUGGAGGUAGUGGUGGUGUUCCGUUUUCGGCACCGUUGAAUAGCGGAAUGUACCUUAAGAAGAAGAGGAGGAAAGGGGAUGGAUGGGAUAGGAAGGCAUUUAAUAGAAAUUUCCCGAGGCCUUGGGUAGUUCCGGUUAGGAAUUUUGUGGGAGGCCGGAAGGAGGGAGGCGGAGGUGGAGGGGGAGAGGGAGGGGAGGAGGGAGGGCUGAAGGAUGACAGGGAUGUGCAAUGGGCGUUGGGGAAAGCGGGUGAAGAUCGGGUUCAUGUGGUGGUGUCAGAAGAACAUGGGUGGUUGUUUGUUGGGAUUUAUGAUGGGUUUAAUGGUCCUGAUGCUCCUGAGUUUUUGAUGGGGAAUUUGUAUAAAGCGAUGUAUAAAGAGCUUGAAGGUUUGUUUUGGGAUUUGGAUAAUACGGUUCAGGAUCAGAGUCAGUGUCAGAGUCAUAGUCAGGGUGAUGUUCGAGUUCAAGAUCAAGCUCAAUCUUGUUUGCAGGAAUUACAAGAAAAAGAAAUUAGAGAUGUUGUUUUAGUACCUGAGAAUGUUGUAAAGAAGGUUUCGUUUCGAUCAGGAGAAGAAAUAGUGAUUAGGAGAAGGAGAUUAUGGGAAUAUCUUGCAGAGGAAGAACCUGAAGAUGGGCUUGAUCUUUCUGGUUCUGAGCGGUUUGCAUUUUCGGUGGAUGAUGCACUUAGUGUAAGCAAAAACAGUUCCGGUGUUAAUCGAAGGUCAUUACUGCUGUCUAAAUUAAGAAAUGGAUUCACUAAGCAUAAGGAAGGUAGUAAGUUGUUUGCUUGGAAAUUUGGGUUGGAUACUAAAGAGCAUAAAGAAGCGGAAAACAGAAUAGAGGAGACAGGUAAUGUUGUUAAAAGUGUUAGGAAGAAAAAAGCUGGUCCGGUAGACCAUGAUUUGGUGUUGAGAGCAAUGUCGAGGGCUUUGGAAGUAACCGAGGUUGCGUAUUUGGAUAUGACUGAUAAAGUUAUGGAUCAAUAUCCAGAGCUUGCGCUAAUGGGUUCCUGCUUAUUGGCUGUUUUGAUGAGAGACGAGGACGUGUAUGUGAUGAAUUUAGGAGAUAGCCGGGCAAUUGUUGCACAACACCAAGAAACAGAAGAUCCAUCUCAACCGCAGGAUAGUGGGAUUGUUGAUGACAGUGUAGUCAAGGAAUCCUUAGAUACAGUUGGGAAGGGGAACGACACAGAAAAUGAAGUUGCUGAUCAAGAUAUGAGGCUGACCGCGUUACAACUAUCUACCGAUCAUAGCACAAGCAUCGAAGAAGAAGUUAUUCGAAUUAAAAAUGAGCAUCCAGAUGACAACAAUUGUAUAGUAAAUGAUAGAGUCAAAGGUCGUCUGAAGGUUACUCGUGCUUUUGGUGCUGGAUCUCUCAAACAGGCGAAAUGGAAUGAUUCAUUAUUGGAGAUGUUUCGUAACGAGUAUAUUGGAAAUGCACCUUACAUAUCUUGCCUACCUUCUCUUAGACACCAUAAACUAUGUCCAAGAGACCAAUUUUUGGUUCUUUCAUCAGAUGGGUUGUAUCAGUACUUCACCAAUCAGGAAGUCGUGUCACACGUUGACAAUUUCAUGGAAAGGUUUCCUGAUGGGGACCCUGCUCAACACCUGAUUGAGGAGCUUCUUUUACGCGCGGCUAAGAAAGCUGGGAUGGAUUUACAUGAAUUGUUGGACAUUCCACAAGGAGAUCGUAGAAAAUACCAUGAUGAUGUGACAGUCAUGAUCAUUUCUCUUGAGGGAAGAAUAUGGAAAUCAUCUGGAAAAUAUCUCUAAACACCAUAAGAACCAAAGCAUAUCUCAUUUUUGCCCCAUGAUCCUCAAAAGCAAAGCCAAGCCUAUAUCUUGUUGUAGAAACUUCAACGUGGACCCACAUGUUGUGCGUCCGAAUGGAAUGUGCCAGGCAAAUGUGAUCAAAAAUUUAGCUAGAUGCCCAAAAAAUUGGUUGAAUAUGGAGUAAACAUGCUGGCGGCAAUCUUUCUUGACAAAGAGGGACUUAUUUUUUUUUUUAAAUUAGGUGAAGGGGGGUGGUAAAGAAUGGAUUAUUAUUUUUUUUCUUCUUAUUUUCUAUUAUCGUUAGAUUUUGCUGCAUAGGUGGAGAAAAUGUGGUUAAUUAGUUUUUCAUUCUCAACCUGAAAUAGGAUGUGGUUGUGGUUGUAAGUUAGGGGGGAGGUUUUUUCUUUCUUUUCUUACAUUUGUUAAGACAUUGAAAAAUUUUCACUUUCAAAAGUGAAAAUAUGUAAUUUUGAUGGUGGAUUACGAGAAUCCAUAAAGGAUGUUGUUGAAGCCAAACAUAUCAAGUAGGUUAGAGGGGCAAUUCAUUAUUCGGUAUGACUUUUUGCCAAAUGUAUCUAUAAAAACCUUAUCAGUUA